UACUCUCACAUUUGUACUUUUCUAUCUAUCCAUAGAUCUGUUUAUCUAUCAUAUCUCUUUCUCUCCGUACAUCUCUGACAGUCUCGGUUCAUUCUGAAAUAUCGUGAUGACUAGGUCUUGUGGGCUGUGUGAGGUUGAUCAGCUUGUUAUUGUAGGUGUUUCUGCACUAAUUAUGUGUGACCGAGACCAUGUCAAAAACUGUUACUGGAAACAAUGUUUAAGCAUGGAAACUCGUGGCAGGAAUUACUUUGACAGCAAACACUUGUGUUUCUGGUGCUCAUGUAUUGAAUCACAGAACCAGAUGUAAACAAUAUGGCAAAACACUGGCAUCCUGUUAGCCAUUAUCCUUAUCAUCGUCAUUAUCAUUGUAGUUGGACAGAGACAGAGGGCUAGAAAAGAGAGAAAGGGGAGUGAUAAAGAGAGAGAGCAUUUGACCAGCAGGAGUUAUGCUGGUGGGUGUGAGAGCGCUUGUUGGCUGGCAGGAGUAGAGACGUCAGCACCUUUCGCGGCUCCAGUGUGUUCUCCCUGUAGCCUCUGACGGUGGAAGCAAAGACAAGUGUAGAAAGUAGCAGCCAGGACUGGAGGUUAAACCAACCCACUACGCACCUACGCCGCCGGCCACUGAAUGAGUGAGCGUUUUGCUGUGAGAAAGAAGUGUGAAGCGAGGUGGAAAGUUUUUACGCACACAGAACCUGGAUUUUCAUCGUAGCCUUUUCUCGGGUGGUUUUGACUCAUUUUUCGUUGCAGUUUAUCCAUUGGAUCUAGGUGUUUUGUUAAUUCCGUGAGAUGGGUACCUUGUCCGUGUUUUCGUUGUACACUCUUGUUUUGGGGCUGAAUGGUUACCUUGGAGCUGCCGCGGGUAGAAACCUGAUCCGAGCCAUGAGGAGCGCACGGGAAUCUCCAUUCGAGUCUUUCUUGGACGGUGCCAGGCCAGAUGCCGUUUCCCAACACAUGUUCAAAGUGUACGAGAAAUACAACCGCGAGGUCCGCCACCCCCAGGAAGGCAACACAGUCAGGAGUUUUAAAGGGAUUCAAGAGCGGUCUGACCAGAGGGUGGUGUACCAUCUAAACCUAACUUCUCUCCUGGACUCUGAGGUCAUCCAGUCAGCCAGCUUUCACUUCCUGUUUGACCAGCGCCCUAGACAGAGAGCCUGGUUCUGCAAACGAUUCAAAGCCCCAUCCUGCCGCGCCCUGCCCCUCAACUCUGUUCCCUCUGUCCACAUCCUCCUUCGCUCCAUACCCACGGGUUCAGGAGUCACACUGGGGUCACAGGGGUCGCUCUUAGGCAAUGUGACCUUUCACCCCCACAGGAGAGGGGUCUGGCAGAUGAAGGAUGUGACCCAGGUCAUCAAAGAGGCCAGAGGGCAGGGACAGCUCCUGGUGUCUCUUCAGAUGGACUAUGGCCUGCAGUACCAGAGGUACCCAGAUGAAGCGCUGUCUGAGGCUAACCUGCCCUACCUGCUGGUGUAUGCAGAUGACCAGGCCUUGGUAGAGCCCAAUAGUGUGGCUGCAACCCUGCAGAGGUUUGACCCUUUCAGUGAAGGGGGGGAAGCCUCACCCCCAGUCUCUUCCCCCUCCCUCCCGCACCCUGCCUCCCUCUCAGGCAGAGUCAGGAGACAGGCUCCGAUGACCUCUGACCCCAUCCACAACAACGAGCUGCCCGAGGUGGACUACACUCUGGAGGGGUACAGCAAGGAGAGCCUGUGGCAGAACACUUACCUGGCCCUCAAACCCAAGGCCAAGCCUGAGAAGAAGGAGAAGAGGAGGAAAGUCCACGAAGGACGGGAAGUGGGACAGGAUGAAGGGAAGGAAGGAGGAGUGGAGAGGAGAGGAGAACAUCAAGUGCAAAAAGAAGAGCAGGAAAAACUUGCGAUUCUUCGCAUUGACCAGAGGACAGUGAAGAAGCCCAACGACGGACGGAAGGCUGAGAGGAAGGACGGAGGGAGUAGGGAUGGAGGGAAGCAUGAGGGGAGAAAUGGAGGGGCCAGGGGCCAGAGUCGUUCCCCCGAGCUGCGGUUCGAUGAGCGGACGAUGCGCCAGGCCAGGAGGAGGCAGUGGGGCCUGCCCCAGCAGAAAGGCUGCACCAGGAGAAGCCUCCGGGUAGACUUUUCAGACAUCGGCUGGAGUGAGUGGGUCCUGGCACCCAAGGCCUUCGAUGCCUACUACUGCGCUGGCACCUGUGGCUUCCCCAUGCCCAAGUUGAUGCGCCCUUCCAACCACGCCACCAUCCAGAGUAUCGUGCGAGCGGUGGGCAUCGUGCCAGGCGUGCCAGAGCCUUGCUGCGUGCCAGAAAAGAUGAGCUCCUUGGCCGUGCUGUACCAGGAGGAGGAUGGGAACCCGGUCCUUAAGGUCUACCCUGCCAUGUCUGUAGAGACCUGCUCCUGCAGAUAGGAGGACAGGGAAGUCAGAAAGAGGCCAGAGGGAGAGAUAUGGAGAAGACAGGAGUGGAGGGCAUGGAGAGAUGGAGAGGAGGCAGAGAGGGAGGGAUCACAUAGAGGAAAUGAGGAGAUAACAGGAUGGGACGGAUCAAAUGAAAAGGGAAAGAGGGGCUGGAUGGAAAGAGGGGAAUGAGAACAAAUGAUUCAUUCAUUCUUCCUGUUUUAUCUCGUGUUCAUGUGUGUGUGUGUGCGUCUGCAUUUGUAAAUGUGUGUGCGUGUCUAUCUGUGUGUGUGUGUGUGUGUGUGUGUGCGUGAGAGUGUGUACGCACCAUUUACCUGAGCUGUGUGUUCAGUGUUGUCUGAGGUGAUUAAACAGAGUGGAAGAGGUAUUGUUUUGUUGUGGCCUCUGCAUGUUGUGUACUGAGAUAUGUACAAACUGAACUCUCUCAAUCCUACCAUGAAACAAUGGCUGGUCACUUCUCACUGGAACUUCCUCUACACUUGUUUUACUUUGAAAGAUAGAUUCCUAAAGGAUUCCACUGUUCAGCUUGUGUAACCAGUCCAGUCACCAGCCCUCUUUGAUCUCCGUCGAUAUCUCCAAAAUGCACUUAUGAGUUGUAUGAACAAACUAAGCUCAUGUUGCUUUGUUCAUGUUUUCUGGAUGGACCUGUAACUAAUGAAUCCUAGAACCCACAGCAGCUUUAGAGGGAAUGUAAGUCUUUCUCUGUGUCUCAAAGGCAGCUUCUAUCAUGGGUCAUAGAUGGCAUACAAAACAUGUCAGUGUUACAGAUGUUUUUACGUGUUUUGUACUGAUAGAAUGCACUUACAGUUAGGUGAAGAUCUUCAACGUCCUCCUGUACCAUAUCAUUUUUAUCAUUUGGUGUUUUUUUGUGAUCAAAGUUAUUGUACAGUUUUGUUCUUCGACGGAGAGGACUGUUGGGUGGAUUGUAAAGUCAGCCAUCUGGAAUCCAUCCCCCCCACUCCGUACUUCAAGUCUGCUAUGAAGAAACCAGAAAUAUUUUUAUAUAUUUUAAAUAAAAAUUGUUGUUUACUAUAUACUAUUAUUCUGUUUUAGAAAAGCUGAUGUUUUGUAAAUGUGUCAUUGUUUAAAUUAUGAAAAAGUAGUCGUUUAUAAAGCCUAGAAUAAAAAGUAAUUUAAUCCAAUACAAA